CUUUCACUUUUUUUUACUCGUUAUCGACUUAUUUUCCCCAUUUAACUUUUUUUUGUUGAUUCUAUUUUUAGCUUAUAAGAAAUAGUAGUAGCAGUAGCAGUUUUCCCUAUUCUUCUUCUUCUUCCUUGGUUCUUCCUCAGCUCCCCUUUGUCUUUUGAUCAGGGUGAUGAAGAGGCGGCGGCGGUUUGACCAUGUCGUGAUAGGAUGUGCCAUUUUUGAAGUCCAAAUCCACCACGAGUGCUAACGAAAAGAUUGAUUUGAUAGAAAAUGAUUCAGAAAUAGUCUUAACAUUGUCGGACGAAUAAUGAGACGGGCGCUGAUAGAAAGUAUAACUGGAGAGGUAAAGGAAGGAGAUUUCACUUAUUAGAUGUUGGAUUUGGAGAAUUGAAACUGGCAAGCUAGGAGAUCGGUUUUUAAUAAAUCAGCUUGGGAAUAGAUUUAACGAAAAAAGGAGGAAAUUUUGAUGGAGGAGAUGUCCCCUGUAAUUGCUUUACCAUCAAUUAUGGUAAGGAAAUCCUUAGUCUGCGACGAUCCAAGAAAGAUCACUUGCAUCAAAUCCGAUGCUAUGGCUGUGGUGGCUGCUACUCCACUGUGUACACAUGUGCCCUGCGACAUGCCCGCAAUGUGCUCGACGAAUUGCCUGAAGAGCGCAAGCCAUAGUUUGAGCAUGUAUGAGUCUAAUAUGAUAUUACCUUCUGUGGUUGAGCCGGUAAUUCGUGAAAGCCGAGUUGUUGAAAGGGGCGGGUAUCGCAGCGUGUUCUUCAUGGAUUGUGUUGCCCGUUGGGGUUGCUCGUCGAUCUGCGGGGAGGCAAAGGAGAUGGAAGAUUCUUAUGCGGCGAUGCCGCAGUUUUAUGAUAUCCCGCUUUGGAUGCUAACAAGUCAACCUUGUGUGGAUGGAGUGGACGCGAGUUCUUAUCGGCUGCCCGCUCAUUUCUUUGGAGUAUAUGAUGGCCAUGGAGGUGCAAAGGUGGCUAACUACUGCCAUGACCGAAUUCAUGCUGCAUUGGUUAAAGAACUGAAUAAUGUGAACAAAGGUCUAGGAGGGACAAGUGAGGUUGAUAUAAAGAAACAGUGGGAGAGAGCAUUCAUUGAUUGCUUUCAAAGAGUUGAUGACGAAGUGGGAGGGAAAGCGAUUCACGAGGGGCCUUCGGAACCGUUAGCCCCGGAUACUAUGGGUUCAACGGCUGUUGUUGCCGUUGUGUGUUCUUCACACAUCAUAGUUGCAAACUGUGGCGAUUCGAGGGUAGUGCUUUGUCGUGGCAAACAGGUGGUGCCUCUAUCGUCGGAUCAUAAACCUAAUAGAGAGGACGAACAAGCGAGGAUUGAAGCCGAAGGCGGCACGGUCAUAAAUUGGCAAGGCUUCCGUGUGUCUGGUAUUCUUGCUAUGUCACGUUCAAUCGGGGAUGGGUACUUCAAGCCAUAUGUAAUCCCAGUACCGGAAGUGACAAUAACUCCUCGUGCAAAAGAAGAUGAAUGUCUCAUUCUUGCCAGUGAUGGCUUGUGGGAUGUGAUGUCCAAUGAAGAGGCAUCCGAAUUAGCCCGUAAGCGAAUCCUACUAUGGCACAAAAAGAACGGCACCACACCGUCCUCCGAUCAAAAUGGUGAAUUUACUGAUCCCGCUGCUCAAGCGGCUGCGGACUUCUUAGCGAAGGUUGCUUUACAGAAAGGAAGCAAGGAUAAUGUCACAGUUAUUGUGGUCGAUUUGAAAUCGAAAAGGAAGUCCAUGAGCAAAACCUAACUGGGUAGUUCAUGUUUGAUUUAAACUUAAAAAAAUAUUAGUUUUUGUUUUGAUUAAUGAUCUGGAUUAGAGCCCAUAAGAUGUUUGGACUCAAAAGUUGAUCAGAUGUAUAGUGACGCUACACUAGCUUGCCCAUCAGUACCUUUUUUUUUUUGUCCAACAUGGGCUCUUUGGGGUCCACUGUGUAUUGAGAUGUGGAUUAUCUUGUAAUUAUUGCUUUUCUUAAUCAGGGCAUUGUGUUGGCAUUGUAUGCUUAACCAUGAUGUGGUGCUCA